AUGGCGGCGCCCGCAUCGGCCUCAGCGCGGCCGCAUCAGCGAGAGACAGACGAACAGAGAAAAAGAGAGAAAAGAGAAAGAGCGGCGCCCCGGGCGAGCGGCUUAGCGGGCGAUCGCGCGCGUCCUCUUGCGGUUGUGGGGAGCUGGUGUGAGGGUAGCGCUUUAUAUAGAGCGCGGGGUGUUGCGCGCGCCGCCUCUUCGAUCGCUGGGAGCGGAGGGGUGCUCAUACUACCCCGCACAAACUUUGCUCGCCGCGCCAACUUUAAGCGACACUUGACGGGACGAGCACCGAACCCCACACACGAUCAACCAGUGGACUCUAGUUCACCCAGAGAACACGCGACUUGCCUCGAUAACACGCUGGAGAUAAACUUAUAUCCAAGCGCAGAGAAAAUCGCGGCGCUAACUUCACCAGACCUUCAAUUGUUUUAUUUACUUUCAAACACUUUGUUUGAGUAA